CUGAGCAACACUGCCUCGGUCAAUUGCAACCAGGAUAUACCACUUCUGGCAUUCAACUGCCGUCCUCUAUUGACUCACGGUCUAUUCAAACCCCGCUAUCCUUCUAUCAUAAACGAACACUCCUCCCACCAACACAACCCCCACAAUCAUCCCCCACAACCAAACUACCACCACCACCACCACCCAUAAAACCACCCCCAAAAUGACCCCCCCAAAUCCCAGCCCCUACGAACUCGGCACCUUCCUCCCAGGCGGGCACAACACCGACCCCCCGCUCCCCGAAACCAGCCCCACAACCAACUACCGCCUCAACCACAGCAUGCUGCGCAUCCGGGAUCCCACCCGCAGCCUCAACUUCUACAUCAACCACAUGGGCAUGCGCACAGUCUGGACAAUGAACACCGGCCCCUUCACCCUCUACUACCUCGGCUACCCGUCCACGGCAACCGACCGCGCUGACCUCCCCGCCUGGGCCGCCCGCUUGUCGAACCCGCAGACGCUCACCUCGACGCUGGGCCUGCUCGAGCUGUACCAUGUUCAUGGCACUGAGAGGGAUGUGGAGGAUGGGGGCGUUGAGAUGAGUACCGGGAAUGUGCCGCCUCAUCUUGGGUUUGGGCAUUUGGGGUUUACGGUUCCGGAUGUGGGGGAGGCGUUGGAGAGGUUGAGGGGGGAGGGCGUGAGGGUUGUUAAGGAGUUGGGGGAUAGUGGGAGGGAGACGGUGCCGCUUAGUGGGUGGGAGGAGGGGAGGGGGGUGGGGGUUGGUGAGCUUCAUGGGAAUUAUAAGAGGUUUUUUGAUCAGAUUGGGUUUGUGGCUGAUCCGGAUGGGUAUCUUGUUGAGCUUGUUCCGCAGAAUAUGCAGUAGAUGGCUUUGUGGUUGUGAGGGGAGGACUGAUAUACAUGCGUGUAUCGCCUGGCUCUAUGCGUCAGAAAGGUAUUGUUGCAUUAUUAUGCAUGUCAGUAUAGGCGAGACAAUUUGCCCAAGGACCCAGUCUAGCAAUCUGAGACAGACAGUCCAUAGCAGUGGAGAGAAUAACCAUCAUAUUUUU